CAGCAUGAAGGUGGUGUAGAUAGGGGUAAGGGAAAUCACUAGCUACAUGGGAGAAACUUGAACCCUCGCCCAGAAAUGUGAGGCAAUAAUGCUAACCACGGCACCACCAUGCCAACUGCGGAACAAUAUGAAAUAAAGACUUCGUAUUUGGUGAGAGUAACAAUGGAAAGUACGCCUGUAGAGGGCGUCACACUGGAGAUGCUCAAAGAUGCCUGGGACACUGUGAAGUCUAGUCCUCUGGGGGUGAUUAACACACCGAUGAUUUCUGGGAACCGGACAACACUGUUCCUCAACACUUUGUGCAACUUUCAUAUGAAAAUGGAAAAUUUGCAAAGGACUGGUUUGUAUGAUUCGCACCCCGACAAUACUGACCAUUACCUCUGAAUGAUAGAAUUCUGUGUGUAGCACAGUUCUUACUGGAUGAGGUACAUACUUGGAAAAAAAAAUGUAUUUGUUCUGGAAUUGUCAGGCUAUCUGCACUUUGUUGGAUAUUUUUGUCAAUUCUAGGUUCUUUUAAAAUAAGAGGAGUCGCCAAUCAGUUUGCUAGAAAACCUACAGGAUUUCCCCUAGUAACCAUGUCCGCUGGGAAUUAUGGGAAGGCAUUUGCCUAUGCCCUGAAACACUACGGAUGUAAGGGCAAGGUGGUGAUGCCCGAAACAGCUCCUGCUUCCAGAUCAACACUCAUAGAAAGUCUGGGAGCUGAGGUUGAGCGUGUGCCAUCUUCACAUCUGUUGGAUGUGGUCAAACGGUGUGUCCUGCAAGAGAAUAUGACAUUUCUGCACUCGAUUGAUGACAUUGACCUCAUUGCCGGGCAUUCAAGCCUCGGCUUUGAGAUCUUGGAGGAGAUGCCAAACCCAGACGUGGUGGUGGUCUGUUGCGGGGGUGGAGGCUUGCUGGCUGGUGUUGCAGCUGCCAUCAAGCUCUCGGGCUGUAAGAACACCCUGAUCUACGGAGUGGAGCCCGAGGGAGCCUGUACCAUGCUCAGAAGCUUCAUUGAGAUGAAGCCUGUUUCCAUGGAUACUCAAAGCGUUGCUUCUGGACUCGCCCCACCGUUUGCAGGUGCUUUGCCAUACAGACUCUGUCGGCAGUUUGUGCAGGAAAUCGUGCUGGUCAGCGACGAGCAGAUCAUGGCCGCCGUGGUUGAUCUGUACCAGGCCGGCUUCGUGGUGGAGCCCUCCGGGGCUGCCUCCUUCGCCGCCCUCGCCAACGGCAAGAUCCCGGACGUGGCCGGGAAGAACGUCGUGCUCGUUGUCAGCGGAGGCAACGUUGGCAUGGAUGAGCUGACAGACUUCAAAAAGACGCUGUGAUUAAAUUGGCUAAAUAACCAAAAUGUAACAUCCUCAGAAGGUCUGCCUCAGAACUGAGUUGUUUCAGGUUUAUAUUCAGUACCUUUCAAAAGGAAAAUCGCCAGUAUCAACCUUCCUGUGCCGUUGAGUGGUUAAAGAAAAAUUUAAAUAAAUGUUAAUCAUCGAAAAAAAAAAAAGUAAAGAACUGCACAAAAUAUAACCCUAAUAUAAAAAAUAUUUAUAGCAAGUUUUGUUUCAUAAAGGUAAACAAAGGAAAAAUGUAAAUGGGAACAAUAUACUGGGAAACACUCCCGUUCCGUCAGCCCUCAAAGAAGCCUAUUGUGCGUGGAAAUACGAUUAUAAAAAACCCUCAACAAUAGAAUAUAGGUUUGUACUUCUGAAAUAACUAAUCUAAACAUUUUGUUCUGGUUGCAGGACAGAUGCAGGCAUAUAUUGAUUUUUGUCUUUAUUUUGAGAUGUGUUAGGAAUAAAGAAAAUGUCUAUGCUGAAUAGUUGUUGUAUAUUUGCAAACAAGGAAAAAAGGCCAGACAUUGUUUUAAUAAAACUGUUUGUUAUAUUUCACAUGUGGCUUUUAUUAAAAACAUCGUGUAUUAAUAUUCUGCCUUAAAAUACUAAUAUGAGGAGCAUGCAGUCUGCCAAGUCAUGAAGUGAGGGUGAUCCAUUUUAUGACUGUGUGUACAUGACAUAACCCGUUUAAGAUGCUUACAAGCGUGCACACAGCUUAUUCCUGUGGCUCCACCCUUGAAGACUGGGUGGGGAUGAUUUCCCAGUUCAAGAGGGGUUUUCUGGUUCAGUUCUGAAUUGUGGUCUGUUGAACGAUAAAUGCUUGUGCGUGCAAAAAUAAAAUUAGCUAGAUUUUUUGUCUUAGCAUCGUAAUGUUAUCAAUGGGCAUGUGCUCUGGGGUUCCAGUGCCGGCAUAUUUUAAUGUAUCUGAUUAGCAAUAUAUUUUUUUCUUGUAGGUGAACAUUAAUGCAAUGUAUUUUCAAGAAAUUAUGCACCAUGAAUAUAUGAAUUUUAAUAUAAAGUUUAAUGAUGCUCUUCUGCGCGUUAUUUAACUGUACAUUCGUAUUGCACCUGUAUUGUACCUGUGUACUGGUGAUAAGUGAAGUUACAAUAAAAGUUAUUUGAUUUGAUUUGG